AUGAGGUUCCUCAACAAGGUACCGCAAGACGGCACUCAGGUCACUGAGAAGGCGAACAUACCAUGGAAGGAGCAAGUCAUCGGCUACGCACAGAAAACGAGGGGAACUGUGCUUGGAAAGAACGGAUUGAAGGACCACGGAGAUCAGAUCCUCCAAGGCGAGACCACUGCUCGGGAGCCCCCGCCCAAGGCCUAA